UUAUUUGUUUUUAUCGUGUUUAUUCACUCUUAUUAUUCUUAUUCCUGUUGGGAUUAUUAUUAAUUACCUUUCUUUCUUUCUUUCUUUCUUUUUCGCGGAUCUUCUUCUUCUUCCAAUCCCCAAUUCUUAUUCAGUCGGGUUGUUGUUUGAGGCAUUCCAAUUCCCAUGUCGGCUGCUGUUAAUAAUCCCUUCUUGUUCUCCAGCGUCGGGCGGUAUCUCUUGAGAGUUUCGUAUGAUUGAUAAAAGGCUAAUCGUUUGAUCCCAGUAUUUCUUCCCUUUUACCCUUUGGUCUCUCGGUGUUUCCUUGAUCUGGGAAACCCUAAUUCGCCGAUUUUUUGUCGAAUUGGUUCGGGAUGGAUUCGAAUUCCGACGGGGAAGAUGAGCAGCAGCACCACCGGAAGCCCAACAACAAGGGCUCCGGCGGGGAGGGGCAGGGCAAGCCGAAGCGUCAGAUGAAGACGCCUUUCCAACUCGAAACCCUCGAGAAAGCUUAUGCCUCGGAAACAUACCCAACUGAGGCGACGAGGGUGGAGUUGUCUGAGAAAUUAGGCCUGACGGACAGGCAAUUGCAGAUGUGGUUUUGCCAUAGGAGGUUGAAAGACAGAAAAGAGGAGAAGAAAGAAGAAAGAAAGGACGUCACCCCUGCAAAGAAACCACGAAAAGCUCCACCUCCCUUGCCCGACUCACCUGUCGAGGAACUCAAGCGUGCAGUUUCUGAUCCUGGGAGUGACUAUGGGUCUGGCUCAGGUUCUGGUUCCAGCCCGUAUAUGGAUUCAAGGAAAAUGGUUGUGGCUGAUGUGCCAUUGGGGAGGGGGUACUUCGAACCAUCUCCUCAGUCAGCAAUGGAGCGUAGAGCCAUUGCAUGCGUGGAGGCACAAUUGGGGGAGCCUCUGAGGGAGGAUGGUCCUAUUCUAGGAGUCGAGUUUGAUCCAUUGCCACCUGAUGCCUUUGGAGCCCCAAUUGCGGCUGUGGUGGAACAGCAGAAGCGGUACCCUUAUGAUGGAAAGAUGCUUCAAAAGCGUGAGGGGAAAUCAAAAAAGAUAGUAACUGUGUGCAAACAGUUUUCUGUUGCCAGUCCUUACCAACUUAAAUUGCCAUUUCAGGCCUCUUCAAGGCCUCUUCAUGAGUAUCAGUUUGUCCAGGAUCAGCCCAGCAUAAGAGCUGACACAUAUGGACAAGUUGCCCAGCAUUCUUACCAUGAUCUGCCAGCUGAUACUCUUAGGGGAAGAACUUCACCAUUUGUACGUGGAGAUGAACAUUUGCCCAGGGUUCAUGGUGUCCAAACUCCAGUGUCACGUGUACGUCUCUUAUCUCCACAGGAAAACAAGGGUCAUCUUCCAUCAACUCAUUGGGAUGAUGAUUAUCUUUUGAGAUCAGAACCUUUCCCAAACCAUAGAAUAAAAUCUGAGUCUACCAGUCACCAUAUGGCAGCACCAGAAAGUACACACAUGUUCCAUGAUACUGAUGUCUUCCAGAGUGAAGCAGAUCUGCGUACAGAGAAGAAACGCAAAAUAAAGAGUGAAGAUGCUAGACUUUCCAGGGAAGCUGAGGCGAAUGAGAUUCGAAUGCGCAGAGAGCUUGAGAAACAAGAAAUUAUGAGACGCAAGAAUGAAGAGCGAACUAAGAAAGAAAAGGAGAGGCAAGACCGUGAAAGAAAGAAGGAGGAAGAGAGGUUAAUGCGCGAAAGACAACGCGAGGAGGAGAAGUCACUGCGAGAACAAAAACGCGAGCUGGAAAGGAGGGAGAAGAUGCUGCAAAAAGAGAAUUUAAGGGCUGAGAAGCAGAGGCAGAAAGAAGAGUUAAGGAAAGAGAGAGAGGAAGUUAGACGUAAAGCUGCUAUUGAGAAAGCAACUGCACGGAGGAUUGCCAAAGAGUCUUUGGAUCUUAUUGAGGAUGAACAGUUGGAGCUCAUGGAAUUGGCUGCUGCAAGCAAAGGGUUACCCUCAGUAGUUCACCUAGACUAUGAUACGUUGCAAAACCUUGAUGCAUUCAGAGAUUCCUUAUGUACAUUCCCAUCAGAGUCGAUACAGUUGAAAAAACCAUUCAGCUUUCUGCCUUGGGUAGAUUCAGAAGAUAAUGUUGGAAACCUUCUGAUGGUCUGGAGGUUCUGCAUUACUUUUGCUGAUGUCCUGGGGUUAUGGCCAUUUACCCUUAACGAAUUUAUUCAAGCAUUUCAUGACCAUGAUUCAAGAUUGCUGGGUGAGAUACAUGUUGCUCUUAUGAAAUUAAUCAUCAAAGACAUAGAAGAUGUUGCAAGGACGCCAACCGGAUUGGGGACAAACCAGUAUUCUGUAGCUAAUCCUGAAGGUGGACACCCGCAGAUUGUUGAAGGGGCAUACAUGUGGGGCUUUGACAUACGCAAGUGGCAGCAACUAUUGAAUCCAUUGUCAUGGCCUGAAAUAUUUCGGCAAUUGGCUUUAUCUGCAGGAUUUGGCCCACAGGUGAAGAAAACAAAUGCAGCAUGGCCACACGCGAAGGACGAGAUCAAAGGUUGUGAAGAAACAGUUUCAACAUUACGUAAUGGAUUGGCAGCUGAAAAUGCUUUUGCCUUGAUGCGAGAGAAGGGUUUAUUAAAUCCACGGAAAUCUAGGCACAGACUUACACCUGGCACUGUCAAGUUCGCUGCUUUUCAUGUCCUUUCACUUGAAGGAAGUGAGGGACUAAAUGUCCUAGAACUUGCAGAUAAGAUUCAGAAAUCUGGGCUUCGGGACCUUUCAACAAGCAGAACUCCCGAGGCAUCCAUAUCUGUUGCUUUAACAAGGGAUCAGAAGCUUUUUGAAAGGGUCGCUCCUUCCACAUAUUGUGUGCGCUCCCCUUACAGAAAGGAUCCUGCAGAUGGCGAGGAGAUAAUUGCCACAGCCAGAAAGAAAAUCCAAGUAUUUGAAAACGGGUUCUUAGGCGGAGAAGAAGACCCUGAUGAGGUUGCUGAUGAAGUUGAUAGAGACGAUGACUCUGAGGUUGAAGUUGAUGAGGAUCCCGAAGUCGAUGAUCUGCCUAUUACUACAUUGAGCCCUAACAGACAUGUCGAGCAAGCCAACGGAGUCGUCAACUCUCUCUUGGGGAGUGAGAUUGAUGAUGAACAAGAAAAUGCUUUGUUGGAAAUUGGGAAUGAUACUUAUACACGUGCUGGGUCUCCUUCAUUAUUCUUGAAAACUGAAUCCGAAAAUGAACUUUCACCAUUCCCUCUCAAUAAUUUUUCCAGAGACCUGAGUACUGCUGGGACCACCAUGGACCAAUCUCUUAUCAGAGAAGAUGUCUUGGUUGGUAGUAAUACAAAGGAAGAGAAACCUGAGAUUGAUGAAAGCAAGUCUGGUGAAUCAUGGGUACAAGGACUUACAGAGGGAGAAUAUUCUCAUCUUUCAGUUGAAGAGCGUCUGAAUGCCCUUUUUGUUCUUGUUGGCAUUGUGAAUGAGGGUAACAUCAUACGUGCUGUUCUUGAGGACCGUUUGGAAGCUGCAAAUGCUCUUAAAAAGCAGAUGUGGGCUGAGGCACAAUUAGACAAGAGUCGUUUGAGGGAAGAUGUUAUGGGGAUGCUGGACUUGCUAUCAGGUAAAUUUGAAGGCCAAGUUAGUGGGUGUGCAACUGACAGCAUCAUCCAAAGUCCACUCCAUCAAGCUGAUGGCUUUAAGGAGGCUUCUCAAAGCAUGGUAGAAGAACAGAAGUCACUGCUUGCUUCUGAGAAUGAACUGAAUGACAAUGUUCAUGCCACAGACAGAAAUAUGGCAGUUCAGGAUCCCUCCAAUAUAGAUCACUUCCCAACUCAACAGUCUGGAUCUAGUUCCAAAAGGUUCAGAUCGCAACUGAAAGCUUAUACGGCCCACAUAGCUGAAGAGACCUAUAUAUAUAGGUCAUUGCCACUCGGUCAAGAUCGCAGACGUAAUCGUUAUUGGCUGUUUGUUGCUUCUGCUUCUCGGAGCGAUCCUUGUUCUGGCAUGAUCUUUGUGGAACUACUUAGUGGGAAAUGGAGGGUUAUUGAUUCUGAAAAGGAAUUUGAUGACAUUUUGUCAUCCUUGGAUAGUCGUGGGAUUAGGGAAUCCCAUUUGCGUAUAAUGAUGCAGAAGAUCGAAAUGUCAUUUAAAGACACUGUGAGGAAGAGCUUGUCACCCGACAAUGUUGCAUGUCCAAUCAUGGAAAGCGAAGCUUCUGAAAGAGACUCCAGUCCUAAUGGCUCACUCGGUAUUGAUAGCCCUAGCAGUUUGGUUUGUGGUUCAAACUCUGAUACACAGGAUGUUUUUUCGUUCUUCCGAAUUGAGCUUGGGAGAAAUGAAAGAGAGAAUAAGGGUGCAUUGCGGAGGUAUGAGGAUUUGCAGAUAUGGACAUGGAAAGAGUGCCUCAGUUCAACGGUGUCAUGUGCAAUGAAACAUGGCAAGAAAAGGUCUAGACAACUGUUGGAUGCCUGUGAUCUUUGUCUGGACUCGUACUUAUUUGAAGACCACCACUGUCUUUCUUGCCACCAGACAUUUGACAGUGGCAACAGGAUGUUUAGCUUUGAAGAGCAUGGAACUAUAUGCAAUGGGCGAAGGAAGCUGGACUCUAAGGAUACCCAUGCAAGUAAUUCAUCCUUGCCGUUGGGAAUCAGACUGCUCAGGGCUCUGUUAGCUACAGUUGAGGCAUCUGUCCCAGCUGAAGCUCUCGAACCAUUUUGGACCGAGAGCUGUAGAAAGACUUGGAGCAAGAAGUUGGCAAAAUCGUCUUCAAUAGAAGGACUUCUGCAGAUGCUGACAGUGUUCGAGAGUGCUAUAAAACCUGACUUCUUGUUGCCUAAUUACGAGUCUACAAAAGAAUUGCUUGGGAUAUCUAUAGCAUUCUAUGAUAAAUCCGAUCUUAGCUCAGUUCCUGUGCUUCCUUGGAUACCCAAAACCAUGGCAGCCGUGGCGCUGAGGCUUUUCGAACUCGAUGCUUCUAUUGUUUAUGUAAAACAGGCGAAGGCUGUGCCUUCCGACUACAACAACCCUGCAAACGCUGUAAUGAAGCUUCAUUCAGGGUACUCUCCAUUGAAGAACAAAGCUGUUGAACUUGCAGAACGGAAAGAAGACUACUUCAAUGGAGAAGUCGCCAUCAACCCAAGAAGCAAUAAGCGUAACAUUGCUAAACCUCGACGAAGGAACCAUGAUCAAGGACGUAGGCCCAAAGUGCAGAGAAAAACAUCUAGUCAGACAGCAAAGAGGACUAGUUCGAAGCCGGUGAGCAACUUCAACCAAGGGGUAGGAGGAUCGAGACAACAGCAUGGACGUGAGGUGAACAUUCAAGGGACAAGUCGGGGUCCACGAACAGUCCGGAAGAGGAGAGUGGAGAACGUGAUUACUGGAGACCAACUACUGCUCGGCGGUGUGUCCGGGAAUAGGGUCCCACCGCCUCCCAAGUCUGGCAGGUACGGUGGAAGUUAUGAGAUUGAGGAUGACAGGAUGGAAGUCGAUGACGCGAGUGAUGAUGACAGCAACAACAACAAUAGUGAUGCCAGCAGCUCGGAAGAGUCUGACGAUGACCAUCCGGUGGAGGAGUAUGAGCACGGAGGUUGGACCAACCGAGGGUUUGAUGAUGCAGGUCCCUCCAAUGGAUGGAAAGACGACCUGAUGGAAGAUCGCAGCCCCAAUAGUGACGAUGAAGAUCCCAGGCCCACCAUGCCUGGUAGUGAUGGAACGAGUGACGAUGAAGAAGAUCGAGACGGAGAUACUUAUGGUGAUGAUGAGGAUCCUGGGCGUGGAAAUGGGAACUCCUUUGAAUAUGCUUCAGGGGAGGAAAAUGGGAAUGGUAUUGAAGAGGAUGAUGUGCCAGUGUACCGGGAUUCUACGGAUGUAGGGAUGAGUGAUGGGUCGGACGAAGAGCAAGUGGACGAUGAUGAUAAGGUCGUCGAGAGGAACGGUGUUGAAGAAGAAGGUACCAGCGAUUCAGAUGGCUCAGAUUCUGAGGGUUAUAGCAGCGAUUAAGUGAAUUAGUGAGAAAAUUUUGCCCCCCUCGUGAGGCUGCAUUAUAGUUUUUUCCAGGUUGCAGCUGUGAUAAAAAAGAAAAUCUCAAGCGGCUCAAAUAUGGCAUACAAAUGUAGAGAGAGUAGUAGGUUUUUCCCUAGAUUUAGGUUUUUGCCCAUUUGGUAAUCAAUUGUUGUUAGUUUGUAUUCUAUUGAACGGAAAAUGGUAAUCCUCUGUUUUGAUACAUGGGAUAUUCCCAUUCUAUGGGUACUUUUCUGAACGCUGGAAAUCCACUCGUAUAAUACAAAGGGUAAUACACAAACAAGUGAACAACAUACAAAACCAAAUGUGAAGCUAAUAUGAUGAACCCAACAGCCUCUUGAUUCCAGAUUUCUGAUCAGCAUUCAACCUCGCUGGGAACUUGAUGCUAAACUUGAUCCUCAGGUUACCCCUCCUCGACGGCUCUUUCGGAAGUGGCAUUCCUUCUCCGCGGACAAUUUCCUCGUAGUCCGGGUGGAUGACAUUGUUGAUCGGAAUGCUCAGUGUUCUACCAUCUAGAGUUGUCAGGUUGAUCGUGCCGCCUGUUAAGGCCUCGGCCAGCGGGAUCUUCUUCGUCACCACCAGAUCAUUCCCAUCCCUGGUGAAAGUGCUGUGUGGCUUCUCGUCGAUUAUGAAGAUGAGAUCCGACGGAAUCAAGUUUGGUUGCUCAUUUCCCUUCUCAGGGAAAGUGAUCUUCGUCCCCUUCUUCCAUCCUGGCUUGAUGUCGAUCGUCAGGAUUUCCUCCACAGGCAGUGUCUUCCCACUAGCAUCGGCGAUUUCUCUGGAGAUCUUCAUCUUCUUAGUAGUACCUUUGUACAGUUCCUCGAGGCUGCAGGGCAAAGCCCUCUCAAUCGGAGCCGCUUUCCGAGGACCACCCGCAUUCAUCGCCGUCCGGUCGCCACCGAAUGAACCGAAAAUGUCGUCGCCGCCGAACAUCCCGCCGCCGAACGACCUGGAGCUCGUCCUCAUCCCGGCGGGACCACCACCACCGGACGAGAAUCCAAAGAAUUCGGCAAAAAUGUCGUCGGCGCUUCUCGG